AUGGGACGACCACACACUCGGUUGCUUCGGCUGCAACUAAGACGACGGUUUACAACUGGAGCUGUGUUUACACAGCAGUCGGUGCGCAGCCUCUAUCCCGCAAAAACGAAAAUACUACCCCAUGACCCAUCACCAUCUGAACUGCUUCGAUUCGCCCUGAGGGAUUCAACUGAGCCAAUUCAUGACUCAAAUGCUAAUGACAUCUUAUCUGGGUAUCUCCGUGAACUCUUUGUCCCCCAGUGGAACUUUAACACCCCACCUCCCCCGCUGUGGACCUCCCUCAAAGGGCUUACCUCGCGGAACCAAGAGCUAUUGGAGGCCAUCAAUAGCGAGAUCACCGAUAUCUCAUCCUUGCGGAGUUUAAUUGAGAGAUAUGUCAACGACAGAUACGGAGCAGAGCUUUUGCAAGACUGUAAUUGUUUGCCACUAAAACACGCUUUGCAAAGCUGUCAACGGAAAAAUACAUUGGCAGAAAUACUGUCAGUGCUAAGUGACUUGUGUGCAAGACUAAGGCGUCUCCAGCUUCCUAUCCAGCCUGAGAUGUACUCUAUAGCGUUAUCUUUUGCAUCUCUUGAUCUUUCGGCUUCAUAUCUGAAGCACUUCUUGGGUGGCCACCACCACAUGGGCUUUCCACCCCUAGGUCUCGAGGAUAGUUUGCGAAUAGUCCAAAAUUGCUCUAAAGCACUUGACUGUAAAGCUUUUGAGGAUCCAUACUACGACCCCAGUCCCAUCCUUUCUGGGGACACAGGAGAAGGAGAACUCGUGUCCCAAAAUCACAAUUUGCAUGAUAUCUUGUUCUGGGCGCAAUCCGCUGAUCAGAAUGGCAAACGAUUCGAUUUCGGAACCAACGCCCAGGAGUAUAUGUGUCUACUUGCUAGGCUUGGGAAUGAUGAGAUGCUUCACAGGUACUGGUCUCAUUUCUUGAAGGGCAUUCAACCUAAAAACUCUCAAAGCUGCAUCGCUGCCUAUCAGGUAGUACUGGCUCUAGUCCAAAAUAUUCGGUCCCAAACAGCAGUGAGAUGGUUGGAGGAUAUCUCUCAACAAUGUGGAGAUAACCUGCCAUUCAUUGCGAAGUUCCCAAAUCUUGGACUCCUCAUUAGUGACCCGAUUGUGGGUGAGGCACUACCUGACCUAGUAAGGGGAGAGGACUACCUUGAGCUACUCGAAGUUUGUCUUGAUGACAUGGAUCAGAGGAUGGGUGUUCAAUGGAGCCCCGAGGGUCAAAGCCAUUUCAGUUCCGCCUUAGACCCGUCCGAAUAUAUCUGGGAAGCAUUUGAGGACCAAAAUUUGCCCAAAAUGGGUACCAAAACCACUGGCUCUGAUCAUAGAGGACAGUUGUACGCAGAGCUUCGCGUUCAUGGCUGCUCUAAGUCUCCGGCUGCACUGAGCAGGAUCACGGAUCUGUUGAAUGACCACGACGGACAGUCUCAAACGAUUGUCACUCGGCUCGAUUAUAAAUCGGCACGUCUUGACGAAGUUCGCUCGAAGUUCGAAUUGCUCGAGUUCCGAUGGGUACCAGCACACUCACCGAUAGAAUUUUCUAACUCUCAAAUUCCGGCGCUGCGUGAUUCCUCAGAGCCUAUGAGCCCGUCUACCCUAGGCCUUAUUCGGGCUCGUUUGAUCAUUCAUGGAGUUCCUCAAAUGGGGAUCAACAACUUACAUCUGAUGCAACUUGGCUGCAUGGAUGUGCGGUAUGGUCCGGAUCAACCAUGGGAGUCAUCAGGAUAUAUUGUGGUAUGGGACCGUCAUUUUGGGCAACUCCUCGGGCUUUACGUUGGGCAGAACACCGGGGUCAUUGACUGUGGGCCAGCGCCUUCGGAUGGCCCUCUUGGUGCCUUGAUGCAUCUCACGAUUUCAACCAAUGACGAGCGAACAAUUUAUCCUAGUGGCAUACGCCCUCAUUCUCGAAACUGCUGGGGACCUUACUAUCUGGAUGUAGAUCCAAGUGCAGAUCUAGAGUAUUGA